UAGGAUCCUAUAGAUUUGAGAGCUCAUCUUUUUAACACCCUCAGAGCGGAGAGUUGAAAAACACAAACAUCUAUGGUUUCUAGGGAGCACAAGAGAGCAGAACUGCAUGAAAAACUGCAACUUCUUCGUUCCAUUACUAACUCUCAUGCUAUGAACAAAGCAUCGAUUGUAGUAGAUGCAUCAAAGUAUAUCCAAGAGCUCAAACAGAAAGUUGAAAGACUGAAUCAAGAUAUAGCAGCUGCACAAUCUUCAAAUUAUCGAAAUCAUUUGCCUAUGCAGGUUACAGUGGAAACCCUAGAGAAGGGUUUUAUGAUAAAUGUAUUUUCAGACAAGAGCUGCCCAGGUCUGCUUGUUUCUGUAUUGGAAGCCUUUCAAGAACUGGGUCUUAAUGUUCUUGAAGCUAGGGUUUCUUGCAGUGACAGUUUUCGAUUACAAGCUGUUGGGGGUGAGAAUGAAGAGCAAAGUGAAUGUGUUAAUGCACAAGUGGUGAAACAAGCAGUGUUGGAAGCUAUUAAGAAUUGGAGUGAAAGUAGUGAACAACAAGAGUACUUAUAAUGGAUAUUUUUGUUGUUAUAUAUCCAUUAACUUUCUUAAUUCCACAUGCAUAUAUUUCUUUCAAAUUAUGUAGGGUUCUAAUUGGAAAUAAUGUUUUUUUAAUCAGCUAUUAAUCCCCAAUGUAAAAAAAAGUUGAGUAUUAAGUGAAGGUUAAUUAUGUUA